UCUCUGCCCUUACCAUGUCAGUCAGGACUGCAUCCAUCUUUAGGAAAACAAGCGAAACACAAAUAGAGGUGUCUAUAAAUCUUGACUGUGCUCCAGGAUCCAAUGUCGUGCAAACUAUCGAUGUUUCAACCGGAAUCGGCUUUCUAGAUCAUAUGUACACGGCGCUGGCGAAGCACGGUGGAAUGUCCCUGACCAUGAAGUGUAGAGGGGAUCUCUUUAUAGACGACCACCAUACCGCAGAUAUGUCCAUUAUCUUCUUGAACUUCUGGCUAAUCGAUAGCGCUAUUGCUCUUGGGACAGCCUUUAAGCAAGCUCUUGGGGAGGUACGCGGCAUACGACGGUAUGGAACUGGCUUUGCACCCCUAGACGAGGCCCUAUCGCGAGCUGUGAUAGACAUAUGCUCAAGACCGUACUGCGUCACCGACCUUGGACUCAAGAGGGAAAAGAUUGGCGAUCUCUCGACGGAGAUGAUACCGCACAUAUUCUACUCGUUCGCGAUUGCAUCUGGAGUUACAUUGCAUGUGGACGUUCUUCGAGGAGAAAAUGACCAUCAUCGGUCGGAAUCCGCUUUCAAAGCACUUGCUUUGGCCAUCCGCCAAGCUAUCGAGAGAACGGGAAGUAACGACGUUCCUAGCACAAAAGGUGUACUAUGAACGUAAACCAUGUACAUAACAUCUGAUGUUCUACAUUCGUUAAUUAAUUGAAGCGCUAGCCAAUUUCAUGUUCUGCC